AUGGCACAGGCGAUGAGGACUAACACGCCCAUCCGAACCAAUGCGAGAGCUUGCACCAUCUUGCCAAACUUUGUCGGGUGAGCGAAAUUCGACAGGACGAGCCUCUACAAUGUGUGGGAGGUCACUCGGUGGGAAGUGCGCCAAAGGCGGGAAGAGGAGACGCUGAUUGUGGAGGGACGCUUCGAAGGGACAUAUAUGCGAGUUACGCUGGCAGCAUGCCGUGCCGCGCUUCAGGGGCCAAGUUAGCCGUCUGAAACUUGGCCUGUGCAGUAAUCGAACGGAGAUCUGGGUGCUCGGAUUGUGGGAAGGUUUCUCGGAAAGACGGUGGAGGUUCUGGUCUCUGCAUGCUCUGUCCCGGGCAGUUGUCAAUGUUCGUGCGCGCAGUGGGAGGCGAGAGGCAGUAGGAGUAGACGCGAGAGACAGCAUACACAGAGUCCGGCUGCCGUCGUGCUAAUCAAUCUAGCUGAUUGGAAAGCGCAAGCUGACUAAGUGCGUCUUUCUUCCCAUGCAGCCUCAAAUUCUUGGUACACAAUGGAAAGAAUCACGUUCCCAUCUCAAUCACCGAUGAGAUGGUGGGCCAUAAGUUGGGUGAAUUUGCGCCUACACGGAAACGCUUUUCUUUCAGGUGAGAGCGCGAGCGUGGGGGUGCAGAGCGUCGCCGAAGUGGUGUGUAGCUGAUCCACUCGAUAUUGGCUCCGCAGACAAACAAAGAACAAAUAG